CGCUGCUGGUUUACCCCUCUUCAAUAGUCGGUACACCUCUUCUCAGAUUGACCUUCUGACGUUGCGGGCUACAGUUAUGGCUUCCGAGGGCUCCAAAGAUCUGCCUGUCAGGCCUGCUGCCGACGCCAAACCUGCUGGCAACGGUCUUCCCGAUUUUAUCAUCGAACGUAACAACCUCUUCGAGGAACUGUGGCAGCAAUAUUUGGAAGAGCUCAAGAACAAGCCCCACAACGACAUCAAUGUCACCAUCGAACUUGGUGACGGCAACACCGCCAAUGUCACCGCGAAGGCCUUCGAGACCACCCCCGCCCAGCUUCUGAAGAACGUCCCCAAGGAAUUGAGCGCUAGCAUCGUUAUCGCGAAGGUGGACAAGGAACUCUGGGAUCUUGGUCGCCCGCUCGAGGGUGAUUGUACCGUCUCUUAUGUGCCGUUUGAGCACCCCGAGGGAAAAGAGGUUUUCUGGCACUCCAGCGCGCACACCCUGGGAGAGGCCUGUGAGUGCGAGUUCGGAUGUCUUCUUUCUCACGGUCCCCCCACCCCCCAGGGUUUCUUCUAUGAUAUGGCCAUGCCCGAUGGUCGUGUCGUCAGGGAGACUGAUUGGUCGGCCUUGGACAACAAAGCCUCUCGUAUCUUCAAGGAGAAGCAGAGCUUCGACCGGUUGGAGGUCACCAAGGAGAACCUCAAGAAGAUGUUCGCAUACAGCAAGUACAAGCUUCACUACAUUGACAAGUUGGUGACCGGCGAAAAGAGCACCGUCUACCGGUGCGGUACCCUUGUCGAUUUGUGUAGGGGUCCCCACAUCCAGAGCACUGGCAAGAUCAAGACUUUCAAGAUCAUGCAGAACUCUUCGGCGUACUUCCUUGGCGACCAGACCAACGACUCACUGCAGCGCAUCCGUGGUGUUGCCUUUCCCGACAAGAAGCUGAUGUCCGAACACCUUAAGUUCCUCGAGGAGGCAGAGAAGCGCAAUCACCUCAAGAUCGGAAAGGAGCAGGAGCUUUUCUUCUUCGACGAAGUUUCUCCUGGAUGCGCUUUCCUUUUGCCCAACGGUACUAAGAUUUUCAACGCUCUCCAGUCCCUUCUGCGCUCAGAGUAUCGCAAGCGUGGCUACCAGGAGGUCCAGACCCCCAACAUGUAUGAUGUUGGUAUCUGGAAGACUUCCGGCCACUGGGCGCACUACAAGGACGACAUGUUCAAGUUGGACGUCGAGAAGAGAGAGUGGGCGCUGAAGCCCAUGAACUGCCCUGGUCACUUCGUGCUCUUUGGUCACCGUGACCGUAGUUAUCGUGAGCUUCCUCUGAGAAUCGCGGACUUCGGUGUCCUGCACCGUAACGAGGCCUCCGGCGCUCUCAGCGGACUCACCCGUGUCCGCAAGUUCCAGCAGGAUGAUACCCACAUUUUCUGUACUCAGGACCAGAUCAUGUCCGAGAUCGAGGGUCUGUUCGACUUCCUGCAGUCCAUCUACGGCCUCUUUGGCUUCACCUUCAAGCUCAAGCUCUCUACCCGCCCGGAGAAGUACCUGGGUGAGCUUGCCACCUGGAACUAUGCCGAAGAGCAGCUGAAGGCUGCUAUGACCAAGUUCAAGGGCAGUGACUGGUACAUUGACGAGGGCGAUGGAGCCUUCUACGGCCCCAAGAUCGAUAUCACCAUUGCCGAUGCCCUCAAGCGAGAGUUCCAGUGUGCCACCAUCCAACUUGACUACCAGGCUCCUAUCAACUUCAAGCUUGAAUAUAUGACCAACGAGAAGACGCAGACGGCCCAGAUGACCCAGGAGGAGCCUAAGGAGGGCGAGGCCAAGUCCACGGAGCCUGGUCCUGGUCGCGCUCGUCCCGUUGUUAUCCACCGUGCCAUCAUCGGCAGCUUUGAGCGUUUCCUUGGUAUUUUGAUUGAGCACUUCGGUGGCAAGUGGCCUUUCUGGAUCAGUCCCCGUCAAAUCCUGAUCGUCCCGGUCAUGCCCGCUGUCAACGACUACGUCGAGGAGUUGCAGCAAAUCUUGCGCGCUGACAAGCUGAACGUUGACAUUGAUAUCAGCGGUAACACCAUGCAGAAGAAGAUCCGUACUGGACAAUUGCAGCAGUACAACUUCAUUUUCGUUGUUGGUGCCCAAGAGAAGGAAAACCGCUCGGUCAACAUCCGUAACCGUGAUGACCCCGCCACCCAGAACAAGGGCAUCAUGGUUCCUCUGGAAGAGGCCCGUGAGAAGCUCCGCAGUCUGCGGAAGGAGCGCAGACUGGUCAACUCCCUGUAAAGGAGAAUUCUGCCAUUCUGCUCGCUGGUAGAGUGAGUUGCUUAAAAAUACUCAAGAUUUACGUGUCGAUAUACCAUAGUUUUAGAUCCUAGCUCGCAUAAAGAGCCAAUGCAAGGCAGGAAAGAAAGACAGACUAAGAUGAAAGAGGUUGUGCUUCUAGAUUUAAAGAGGGGAUGUUGGUCUUGCUAUUGAGCUGGAGUUUUGACGACGAUGUUUUGCUUGAAGCGUACGUAGCCUGGGAAAAGUGCGGUUUGUGAGAAGCUCUGAAGUUAUCAAUGGCUCGAUUGUUGGCGAUUACCUUGUCGGGUCCUUCCCGGCUAAACUACUUAGCAAAUGCUUAUAUGCCAGGCUAAAUUUACGCGACGGAAUGCUGGUAGUUUAGCAUGCCAGGACCCCUGAC